CCCCCUUUUUCCGCCUCCACCCAAUCAGAGGCGACCAAUCUGGGUCACUACCGUAUUUAGAUAGCCCACCCCCCCCCUCACCCAUUUCUUCCCACUCCCCUCCCCUCCUCUCAACUCUACCCUCCCCUCUCUCUCCCCCCCUCGUACAUCUCGACCGCCAUGUCCGAGAACGAGAAGCACACUCCGGAGGAGGUCCCCGUCAAGGAGUCCUCUCUCCCGGCCCCGGCCCAGGCCGCGGCUGCCGCUGAGCCGGAGAAGAAGAAGCGCGAGUACAAGGAGAUGGAAGAGAAGCACGAGGGCGACCAGCACGCCCGCGUUGCUCUCAACGAGAUCUCCUUUACCGCUGCCGACCUUUACGACAAGGACAAGGUCGACAUCGAGCACGUCGUCAUGGAGGAGGUCUUCCAGCUCCUCCAGUGUGACGACAAGGGUCUCACUGAGGCCGAGGCCACCAACCGUAUUGGUAUCUUCGGCCCCAACAAGCUUCAGGAGAAGAAGGAGAACGUCUUCCUUCAGUUCCUGUCGUUCAUGUGGAACCCCCUCUCGUGGGUCAUGGAGGGUGCUGCCAUCGUCGCCAUCGCUCUUUCGAACGGUGGCGGUAAGCCCCCUGACUGGCCCGACUUCGUCGGUAUCGUUCUUCUCCUCCUCGUCAACUCGACCAUUGGUUUCACUACCGAGGUUGAGGACCGCCUUGAGGCCGACGUUGAGGAGUUUGCUCGCCGUGGUCUCCGUGCUCUUGCCGUCGCCUACGAGGAUGUUCUUGGUGACCAGCCCGACUCGCCCGGCAACGGCUUCGAGCUCGUCGGUCUCCUCUCGAUCUUCGACCCCCCUCGUUCGGACACCAAGCAGACCAUCGACGACGCCAUGGCCCUCGGUGUCAAGGUCAAGAUGGUUACCGGUGACCAGCUCGCUAUCGCCAAGGAGACUGGCCGUCGUCUUGGUCUAGGUGACCACAUGUACGCCGCCAAGGUUCUCAAGGACGGCCCCGAGCCCGGCUCGAAGCACGCCAACCUCGACGAGAUGAUCAUGGACGCCGACGGUUUCGCCGGUGUCUUCCCCGAGCACAAGUUCGAGAUUGUCAAGCGUAUCCAGGCUCUCGGCCACCUCUGCGCCAUGACUGGUGACGGUGCCAACGACGCCCCCGCUCUUUCGCGUGCCAACGUCGGUAUCGCCGUCGAGGGUGCUACCGACGCUGCCCGUGGUGCCGCCGACAUUGUCCUUACCGAGCCCGGACUUUCGACCAUUGUCCACGCCAUCUACGGUUCGCGUGUCAUCUUCCAGCGUAUGCGUAACUACGCCAUCUACGCUUGCGCUGUCACCAUCCGUAUCGUUGUCGGCUUCGCCCUCAUGGCCUUCAUCUGGCAGUUCAACUUCCCUCCGUUCAUGGUUCUUAUCAUCGCUGUUCUCAACGACGGUACCAUCAUGACCCUCUCGCUCGACCGUGUGCUCCCCUCGACCACCCCCGACGAGUGGAACCUUAUCGAGGUCUUCACCUACGGUAUCGGCUACGGUCUCUACCUCGCUGUCUCGACCAUUGCUCUCUACGCCAUCAUGCAGGAGACCACCUUCUUCGAGGACAAGUUCAAGGUUGACCGCGCUGCCGACGACAACUACACCUCGCACAUGGUCAUCUACCUCCAGGUCGCCAUUAUCUCGCAGGCCCUCAUCUUCGUCACCCGUUCGCACGGCCCCUCGUGGACUGAGCGCCCUUCGGUUGCCCUCAUGCUUGCCUUCUGCCUUGCCCAGCUCAUCGCUUCGAUCAUUGCUGCCUUCGGCAACUGGGGCUUCACCAAGGUCCACGGCAUCUCGGGUGGCUGGAUUGGUAUUGUCUGGAUCUGGAACAUCAUCUGGUACAUUCCUCUCGACCUGCUCAAGUUCAUCAUGAAGAAGACCGUCAUCGCCGCCAUCCAGAGGCGCCGCGCUGCCCAGCACGCCCCCGCCCUUGUCGACGAGCACGGCGAGCGUCUCCAGCGCACUGCCUCUCGCCACGAGUCGCUCUACUCGAACCGCACUUCGUUCAUCGGCAAGGCCCGCAACAAGCUCCGUGGCGGUGGUGCCAAGAUCUCGAAGAACGAGCUCCAGCGCUUCGGUUCGAUCCAGGCCCAGCAGUCGGGUGCUGCUCUCCAGCGCGCUGCUUCGCGUCACUAA